UGUGCUUCGCGCUUUGUCUCGCGUCCUGCCGCGCUAUAAGGGCAUUGUGGCCUAGUCAUCUACUCAUAAGCAUAAAAAUUGUAAGAAAAAGAAGAAUAAACUCGUGUAAAGAUGGAUCGAAUACUUAGACUUGGGUCAGGAUUAGGUUCCGCUGUAGGAGGUACUGCUGGAGGAGAUGGGGCAAUGGUUGAUACUGCAGAACAAGUCUAUAUUUCUUCAUUAGCAUUGCUAAAGAUGUUAAAGCAUGGUCGAGCUGGUGUACCAAUGGAAGUUAUGGGACUUAUGUUAGGUGAAUUUGUUGAUGAUUAUACUGUCAGGGUGAUUGAUGUAUUUGCUAUGCCACAGAGCGGAACAGGUGUGAGUGUUGAAGCUGUGGAUCCAGUCUUCCAAGCAAAAAUGUUGGACAUGCUUAAGCAAACAGGAAGGCCGGAAAUGGUCGUUGGCUGGUAUCACUCGCAUCCAGGAUUUGGUUGCUGGCUCUCCGGUGUUGAUAUCAAUACGCAACAGAGUUUUGAGGCAUUGUCGGAACGGGCUGUUGCUGUUGUUGUCGAUCCAAUACAGAGUGUUAAAGGAAAGGUAGUCAUUGACGCGUUCCGUUUAAUCAAUCCGAAUACGAUGGUCUUGGGACAAGAACCUCGACAAACAACUUCAAAUCUCGGGCAUUUACAAAAGCCAUCUAUCCAGGCUCUAAUACAUGGAUUGAACAGACAUUACUACUCCAUUACAAUUAAUUAUAGAAAGAAUGAGUUAGAGCAAAAGAUGUUACUGAACCUUCACAAAAAAAGCUGGAUGGAAGGGUUGACCUUGCAGAAUUAUGGUGAUCAUUGCAAAAUGAAUGAAUCUGUUAUUGAAGACAUGUUGCAGCUUGCAAAGAGUUAUCAUAAGGCAUUAAAAGAUGAGGAGAAAAUGACACCAGAGCAGCUAGCUAUUAAAAAUGUUGGAAAACAGGACCCUAAACGUCAUUUAGAAGAAAAAGUAGACUUCAUGAUGACAUCAAACAUUGUUCAGUGUUUAGGAGCAAUGUUAGACUCAAUCAGUUUUUAGAUUAUAGUUAUUGGGAACAUGUUGCUUUUCUUGUAUAGAACUCAGUUUGUUUAUUACACGCUAGAAUAACCUUUAA